AUGACAGACGUGAAGCUGCCAAAAGACUUUCUGUGGGGCUAUGCCACUGCAAGCUACCAAAUCGAAGGCGCUCCUCAUGAGGACGGCCGUGCAGAUUCUAUCUGGGACGUAUUCUGCCGCAAACCAGGCAAGAUCGCGGACGGAACCAACGGCGACGUUGCCUGUGACUCCUACCAUCGAUACAAGGAAGAUGUCGCCUUGCUGAAGCAGCUGGGUGCCAAGGCUUACCGAUUCAGCAUCUCGUGGUCCCGAGUCAUCCCACUGGGCGGACGCAAUGACCCCGUCAACAAAGCUGGUCUGCAGUACUAUAUUGACCUAGUGGACGAGUUACAUGCCAAUGGUAUCAUCCCCAUGGCCACAUUAUUUCACUGGGAUCUUCCAGCCGCUCUUCACGAGCGAUAUGGUGGACCUCUCAACCAAGAGGAGUAUAUCCAAGACUAUGUCCGCUAUGCCCGAGUGAUUUUUGAGGCUUUCGGAUCGAAGGUCAAGCACUGGAUCACUUACAAUGAGCCAUGGUGCAUUUCGAUCCUAGGUUAUAGCGUCGGACAAUUCGCACCCGGCCACACCAGCAAUCGCCAGAAGAACGAAAUUGGAGAUAGCUCUAUUGAGCCGUGGAGAGUUGUGCACAGUCUCCUUGUCUCGCACGGUCAUGUCGUGAAGAUGUAUCGUGAUGAAUUCAAGGCCAAGGAUGGUGGGCAGAUCGGAAUCACCCUGAACGGUGACUGGGUCAUGCCUUGGGACGAGAAUGAGCCCCUCGACGUUGAAGCCUGCGAACGUAAGCUUGAGUUCUCCAUUGCCUGGUUCGCAGACCCAGUGUACAAGGGUGACUAUCCCGCCAGCAUGAGAAAGCAAUUAGGAGACAGACUGCCAAAGUUCACCGCCGAGGAGAGUGCCUUGGUCAAAGGCUCCAAUGACUUUUACGGCAUGAAUCACUACUGCGCGAACUACAUCAGGCACAAAAAGACAGAGCCAACUCCUGAAGACUUCGCGGGUAAUCUCGAUCUGCUCCUAGAGAACAAGGAAGGCACGCCAGUAGGACCCGAAACUCAAUCGCCAUGGCUCCAACCUUGCCCACAAGGCUUCCGAAAGCUCAUGAAAUGGAUCUCAGAUCGUUACGGCAGACCUACGAUCAUUGUUACUGAGAAUGGAACUAGUUUGAAGGGCGAGAAUGACAUGCCUGUGGAGCAGAUUCUGCAAGACGACUUCCGUGCACAGUACUUCACCGACUACAUUAAUGCCAUGGCGCAGGCGGUGACCAUCGAUAACGUGGACUGCAGAGGUUACAUGGCGUGGAGCUUGAUGGACAAUUUCGAGUGGGCCGAGGGUUACGAGACCAGGUUCGGCGUAACUUACGUUGAUUAUCAGGGAGGUCAGAAGCGCCAUCCCAAGAAGAGUGCGAAGACCGUGGCUGAGCUCUUCAACUCGAUGUGCCGCGAUUAG